GAAAUUCAUUUCAGUUUCAGCCUUUACAGCGUCAACAACGCCAAGAGUCAUAAAAAUUAUUGAAAUAUAUAAUCUACCAAAUAUUUCAGGCCAUAUUUAAGUGCUCAGAAUGUUGCGCAUGCUAACGAACUGUACGCUGCCGCGUGGCUCGCGGAUCGCGUGCCAGCUGGCGGGGCGCGAGCUGUGGCGCGGCUAUGCCAAGGAUGUCAAGUUUGGGCCCGAAGUGCGGGCAAUGAUGCUGCAGGGCGUGGACGUGCUGGCAGAUGCCGUGGCCGUGACGAUGGGCCCCAAGGGUCGCAACGUAAUUAUCGAGCAGAGCUGGGGAUCGCCGAAGAUAACCAAGGACGGCGUGACAGUGGCCAAGUCCAUUGCAUUAAAGGACAAGUUCAUGAACAUUGGCGCCAAACUGGUGCAGGAUGUGGCCAACAAUACGAAUGAGGAGGCGGGCGAUGGCACCACAACGGCCACUGUGCUGGCACGCGCCAUUGCUAAGGAGGGCUUCGAGAAGAUCUCGCGUGGCGCGAAUCCCGUGGAGAUUCGACGCGGCGUAAUGCUGGCCAUAGAUUCGGUUAAAGUGAAUCUGCGCAAGAUGUCGCGGCCGGUCAAUACGCCCGAAGAGAUUGCCCAAGUGGCCACCAUUUCGGCGAACGGCGACAAAUCUGUCGGCAAUCUGAUCAGCGAGGCCAUCAAGAAGGUGGGACGCGAUGGCGUCAUUACGGUCAAGGAUGGCAAGACUAUGAACGACGAGCUGGAGGUCAUCGAAGGCAUGAAGUUCGAUCGCGGCUACAUAUCUCCAUACUUCAUCAAUAGCUCGAAGGGCGCCAAGGUGGAGUUUCAGGAUGCGCUGCUGCUCUUCUGCGAGAAAAAGAUCAAGACGGCGGCCAGCAUUGUGCCCGCGCUCGAGCUGGCAAAUGCUCAGCGCAAGCCUCUGGUCAUCAUAGCCGAGGAUGUCGAGGGCGAGGCACUGAGCACCAUGGUCGUGAAUCGCCUAAAGGUGGGUCUGCAGGUGUGCGCCGUCAAGGCGCCCGGUUUCGGUGACAAUCGCAAGGAGACGCUCGCCGACAUGGCCAUUGCCACGGGUGGCCUGGUCUUCGGGGACGAGGCAAACAUGGUUCGCUUGGAGGAUAUUAAGGCCAGCGAUUUCGGGCGUGUCGGUGAGAUUGUCGUCACCAAGGAGGACACCAUGCUGCUGAAGGGUCACGGCCAACGUACGAUGGUCGAGAAGCGGUUGGAGAAUCUGCGUGAGGCCAUCAAGGAGAGCACCUCCAACUAUGAGAAGGAGAAGAUGCAGGAGCGUCUGGCCAAGCUAUCCUCGGGCGUGGCUCUGUUGCGUGUCGGCGGCUCCAGCGAUGUUGAGGUGGGCGAGAAAAAGGACCGUGUAAAUGAUGCACUGAAUGCCACCCGUGCGGCCAUCGAGGAGGGCAUUGUGCCCGGCGGCGGUACUGCUCUGCUGCGCUGCAUCACUAAGCUGAACGAUCUGAAGGGCAUCAACGAGGAUCAGAACAUGGGCAUUGAAAUUAUAAAACGUGCCCUGCGCAUGCCCUGCCUGACAAUUGCCAAGAAUGCGGGCGUCGAUGGCGCCAUGGUAGUGGCCAAGGUGGAGAUCCUGGACGGCGACUAUGGCUACGAUGCCCUCAAGGGCGAGUACGGCAACAUGAUUGAGCGCGGCAUCAUUGAUCCCACCAAGGUGGUGCGCACGGCGAUUAUCGAUGCCGCCGGCGUUGCCUCGCUGCUGACCACCGCCGAGGCGGUUGUCACCGAGUUGCCACUGGAGGAUGCCAAUCCGAUGGGCGGCAUGGGUGGCAUGGGUGGUAUGGGUGGUAUGGGUGGCAUGGGCGGCAUGGGCGGCCUAGGCAUGUAAGCCUCGUCCUCCUCCAUAGCACACACAGUUGUCUGACACAUCCCACCCAAACCACAAGUUCUUAUUGGAUCCGUUUGGUAGUUCGUUCAUAAAUUAAUUGUGGCUCUAGGCAUCGAUUGGCCGACAACACUACUCUACUAGCAAGAAACACAUCCCCCUUUUGGAAAAAGCAAUUUAUGUAUUUGAUUCACAAUGAACUCCUAUUGGCAGGCAACUAGGGCACUUUGUUUACAGUUGACAGUUAAACCAUUGAUGCGUAUUGAUCAACUUUGAUUACUGGACUGCAGAACUGAACCGCAACCCUUUUACAA